AUGUCUGCUCCUACCCCCCGCACCGGCAUUAUUGCCGGCUUCAACAAGGGCCAUGUGACGACCCGCCGCCCGCGCCAGCCGUCGUCCAACGACCGCUUUGCUGUGCCCCACAAGCGCCUGCGCGCUGUGAAGGCCAUCAUUGCGGACCUCGUCGGCUUUUCUCCUCUGGAGAAGCGUGUUCAGGAGUUCCUGCGUGUCGGCAAGGAGAAGCGCGCACUCAAGUACUGCAAGAAGCGCCUCGGCGACUUCACGGCGGCCAAAAAGAAGCGCUCGAAGAUGGAGGAGGCACUUCGCCACGCGACGAAGAAGCACCACUAG